UAAGAAAAAAUUUUGAAAUACUUUUUAAAAUAAUUAAAUUUGGGGGUGAGAUAGGGGUGGGGGUGGGAUAGGGGUGAUAGGGUAUUGAGGGCGGGGUAGAUGAUUUUGAGAUUUUUAUGAACAUUUCAACUUUAAAGUUAGAUUGAAAGAGAGUUUUAGAAAAUGUUUUCCUAGUUUUGAAAGGAAGUCAUUUUUCUUAGAUUUAAAAAAAAUAAGUUGGUUUGAAAAAUAUUUUCUAAAAUAUAUAAGCCAACCAAACAUAAGAAAACUGAAAAAUAUUUUCUGAUACCAAACACAGCGUUAGUGGAAAAAAAAUUGAUCCAUUCAAAUAUUCUGUGUGUGGGGAAAAUAAUGAACAAACCUUUGGUACAAGAGAGUAGGUGCUGGAUGCCCACUUGUUUUUUCCUCAGUUUUUUCGACACUGUUCUUCUUUACUUAGUUCUGUCUUAUUGAAGAAAAGAAUAGCAAUAAGCUCUAAUUGGGAAGGCAACUUCUCUAGUGGAGCUUCAAUAACUCCAUAAUUUUUCCAUAUUUGUUUCCUAUGGCAUGCAUUGGAAUGGGAUUGGAAGUUGUCACAAGAAAAAUCAAGAACUGCUUCAAAGGGAAAAAAGGUAUUGAAAACAGAGACAACAACAUAGCAGAAAGAUGGGAGAUUUUGAGUGGUAAGAACAAUUGGGAUGGCUUACUUGACCCUUUGGAUUACGAUCUUCGACGAUACCUCAUUCACUAUGGUCAAAUGCCUCAAGCCAUCUGCGAUUCAUUCAACAGUGAAGUAGCUUCAAAGAAUUUAGGAAGAAAUCGAUACUCAAAAAAGAACCUCUUCACAAGAGUGGGGCUAGACAAAAACAACCCCUUCAAAUAUGAGAUCACUAAAUAUGUUUAUGGAGCUUCAGAUGUAUCGAGUAAACCUGAAAAGAUCAAAGUAUCGAAUUGGAUCGCGUUUGUUGCUGUAGCUACUGAUGAGGGUAAAGUUGAAUUAGGAAGGAGGGAUAUUUUGAUUGCUUGGAGAGGGACCAUGUGUCCUGCAGAACUUAAUGAUGAUAACGAUUGGUUCUUGGUCCGACCCACGAAAAUCUUUGGUGAAAAUACGGAUAACAUUCUUGUACACAGAGGUUUUUAUUCUGUUUAUACUUCUCUUAAUGAGCCUUCAAGAUUCAAUCGAACAACCAGUGCCAGAGACCAGGUACUUGAAGAAGUUAAACGGCUGGUGGAGCAAUACAAGAGAGAAACUGUUAGCAUUACUCUAAGUGGCCACAGUUUGGGUUCAGCAUUGGCCACACUAUGCGCAAUUGACGUAGUUGUCAACCAAAUCAAUAAGGAGUUCCCCGUGACUGCAUUUUUAUUUGGUAGCCCUCGAGUUGGAGAGGUGAAUUUCAAGAAAGCUUAUGAGAAUCUGAAAAAUAUUCAGAUCUUGCGCGCUAGAAAUGCCACGGAUUCUGUUCCAAAUAUGCCAGACCGUGGACAGGUCGAAGGUUCUACAACAGAUUGGAGAGUGUAUGAAGAUGUUGGUUUUGAGCUUCCAAUUGAUACUACAAAGUCAGAGUACUUGAAGAAAUACAUAAAUGGUCAUAUUCUGGAGGUUUAUUUGCACGGAAUUGCUGGAACACAUGGACCGAAAGGAGAUUUCAAGUUGGAAAUAAACCGAGAUAUUGCUUUGGUGAAUAAGGAAGCGCCCUUAUUGAAGGAAGAAUAUGGUAUACCAGUGGCAUGGUGGAUCGUGAAAAAUAAAGGAAUGGUUCAACAAGAAGAUGGAUCUUGGACUCUCGAUGAUCGCGAGGAUGAUAGUGAUUAAAUCUUUCAUUUCUCAAAAACAAAUGAUCAUUUUUUGAGAAACAAGUUGCUAUGAUCUGGUCAAUGCAAUCUGUUUGUACUCAACUUUUAAACUUGGUUUUGGUAAUUCAAAUUCACAGGCUUAUGCUUUAAAUGCAA